CCUUCGAGCAGUCUACCACAGAAGUGCAAGAUGAGAGUUCUGAUUGUCGCCGCCGUCCUCGCCUGCGCCGCAGCCGCGCCUUCCGGUGCCCUUUUGGGUCACCAUGGUUUGGGUUACGCCGCCGCUCCCAUCGGAUUGGCCCAUGGCUCUUUAGCCGUGGCCCACGCCGCCCCAUAUGCCGUAGCCCACGCCGCUCCCUUGGCCGUGGCUCACGCCGCUCCCGCUCUGCCUACCAUCUCUCCCGGAGACAUCCACGGUGCCCAGAUCGACGCCCACGUUGACGCCUCCGACCACGCCCGCGCCGCCGUCGACGCCGCCCGGGAAGCUCACGACCAACACUCCGAACUCGCCGGUCAGGCCGUCAACGCCGCCGAAGACCACUCCUGGCAGUCCCUGGACGCUGUCAAGACUCACGAGGCUCAACUGGACGGUGCCGCCGCCGGUGUAGCCCCCGUGUUGGCUAAGCAGCUGGCCGGACACGUAGCGUACGCCGCCCCCGCUGUGCACGCUUACGCCGCGGCUCCCGUCGCCCACGGUUACGCAGGUGCCGUUGCCCACGGAUACGCCGCUCCCGCUGUCCACGGAUACGCCGCCCCUGCCGUCGCAGCCUACGCUGCUCCCGCCAGCAAGACCGUGGUGACCCAGUCGCUGUCCCAGUCGCACCCCGCCCCGGUGGUGCACGCGCCCGUCAUCGCGCACGCCGCACCCCACGCCUACGCCCACGGACUCUCCCACGGAUGGUAAAGCUGUGAUACCUACCAUUUAGAUCUAGACCAAAAAUACUCAAUUUUGGAUUGUACAUAAAUUAAUUAAUCUAAAAAAAGUAUACAGUUGCAAUAGAGAGGUGAGGAUGUGUGUGAAUAAAUG